AUGACGAUGCGGUUCUGUAUUGUAAUUGCAGUGUGCUACUUUAAUGAAAUUUUCGCUCAAGAAUGCAAAAAGGAUGAGCAUGCCAUUUUGGGCAUGAUGCUUCGAAGACACACCUUCAAAACUAUGAAAUCAUCGAUUGCGGUUGAAUGUAAUCAGGCGUGUAACGAUGAUUUCCGAUGUCACAGCUUCAACUACGUCAUUUCUGAGGAACUAUGUGAACUAAAUAACCGGACUAAGGAGGCCAGACCAGAGAACUUUGUGCCAAAUUCUGCGAGAUAUUAUGUUAAGAGUAAUAAGGAAAGAGGUCAGUUUAACCAUAGAAAACACUCAUCAAUGAAGUGAAACCCAUCUGAACAAUAGUGGCUUUGUAGAAAAGUAAGACCAUAGGUGAAUGACAUAAAUUGGUCUAAAUUUAUACUUUGAAGUUAUUCCCACAUUUAAGUCAGAAGGCAAUUUCUGACCCGAAAGCUUUUUUUCCAUCGAGAACCAUAAUAAACAAAAGUGACUAUUUUUUUUUUCUUUCACUUGCGCACUGUAAUAAGACGGAAACCCUGCAAUGAAGCUCAUGACGUCAAAACUUGCCUUCUCUCCAGUACAUAUAUAGAUUUAGUUUUAUUUUUGGUGGGCAAAUGGAAAUUAGAAUUACUUUCUGAAGAAAAUGUUUUUUUCGACCUCAGUUCGUCUUGGUUCCAUUCCGGAAUUUCCAGCGGAUACAUGUGAGGAGAUACAACGAAGCGAAGAGGGAGAAGCGACCAGCGGCGAGUACUGGCUUUACUCCAUCACAACGAGAAAAACUGUUCUUGUUUCUUGCAAUAUGGAAAGAAAGGGUGACAAAACUGAAUUUUUUUUUGUUCUUGUAAUUGAUGUGGAUGUGAAAAUUUUAGUUCUUGUGAUUUACAGGUAGAGUAAUUGAUUUGUUGUGCACUGUUUGUCUCCUUUCGAUGAAAUCCUUGUCACAACCGUCAAAUAUAGCGGUAAAUGUCAUGUUGUUUUCUCAUUUGUCCAUGUCUGUAUUACAUCAGUUAUAAAACUUGGGAACACCUUAACCAAAGUAAGGAUACAGUAGACAUUCGGAAGCCAAUUUUAUUAUUAUUUUUUUUGCACUAAUUAUUCAGCCCAUCAAGUGUUCAUGGCCAACUAGAACCAGUCAACACGAAUUAGAGAUACUUUUUGCGGCGAAACAUCUUACAAACGGCAGCUUUUCAAUUUCAGUCGCAUAAAAAUUUCCUGAUUUCGAUCGCAUGUGCAGAUCUCUGCAAUCGGUUUGGGUGUAAAACUGGACGAAAGUCCAAGAAAGAUAGCUUGGCAGAGAAGAAAUUCGACACAAAAAGGCGAAAAAAGGCCUCUGAAACAAACAAAGGUUCGUGGUUUGAGGAAUUUUGGCUGAUGGCACUCGAUCGAAAAGUUUUACCGCGGCUGCUCGAGCCGUGUGAGACUUGAAAUUGCCCAUAAGCAGAGUUCAACAAGAUCUUUAAUUUGCAACUUGUAGGUGGUGUUCUACGAAACAUAUUUUUGCAAAUGUCUCCUGGGCCUUUGCAGGUUGCCCCUGUGUUUCUAUUGGGGGUCGGCAUUUCUAGUGGUCAGGGUGUUCAAGUAGUUAAACAUAUGGUUACCUAAAGAAGUGAAAGGCAUUAAUAACAAAUAUUGAAAAAAAAAAAAGAAAGCAAACAAAGAUUCUCCGUUUUUAUACAAGUGUGUGCAUUUUCAAUAAAUUUUUCAAGCGUUAAAAUGUAACGGAUCGCCUUGAAAUGUUUUAAGCUUCGAUUUCUCGGUGAUGAAAUACGUUGUAGCUGUAAGGAUUUUUAGAUUUCUAAGGGAUUGCAUAUUUGUGCCCCUCACAGACAAAGAGGCACAGGCAAAUAAGGACUUAUUACCUGACCAUCUUGCUGUUUGCAACCAGUUAAUGUCAAUUUAUACUUUUCAUGGAUGGUAUAUUUGCUUAUAUUCGACAGAUAUUGCAUUAAUUGCACAAUCUAAUUCUUUUAACCAUAUUUUUAUACAGAGGUUAAUUUUACGGUGAAUGGGAGAAAAGGACGCUUUGGCACUGUACAGACGUUUACAAAUCCACGGACCACCCGCUAUCUCAUCAAAGCCUGGGGCGCUCGGGGAGAGACUGACUGACUGACUUGCCAACUGAUAAACUUAUUACUUUUUAACAUUUUGAUGUCAAUUUACAUUUUUCAUUGUUUUUUUUUUUGUCAAUUAUAGUAGACGAUCUAGUUUCUUUUUAUUUCUGUUGCUAGCUGGAUUUGGAGCCGGUGGAAGAAGAGGACGCUUCGGCAGUAUACAGACGUUCACUGUUCCACGGACCACCCGCUAUCUCAUCAAAGCCUGGGGAGCUCGGGGAGGAACACAUUCAUACGAUUAUGGAGAUUAUCCAGGAACAUAUUAUGGUGGAAAGGGAGCGUUUAAAGAAGGGAAGUUUAGACUGAAUAAGGGAACAGUGUUAAAUAUUGUGGUGGGACAAAGAGGAGGGGAUUCAGUGGAGGUUAGAGGAGGACAAAGCACGAGGCAGACUGCAGCUCAACUUGGAAAAUCUGUGGAGGACAAUGCUGGCACUGGAGGAGGGGGAGGAAGUUUUGUUUACACUACAGAUAAUGUUCUGUUGCUGGCUGCAGGUGGAGGAGGAGGAGCCUCGGGUGGGUAUAACGGUGUGGAUGGUCAGGCGGGAUCAAGUGGCACCAGUAGCGUGGGGAAAGAAUCGUCACAAGUUCGAAAUGGAGGUACAGAUGGGCAGUCAGGUCAAUGCAACAGAGUUGGCGCUAGCUAUCAUGGAGGAGUGGGUGCAGGUUGGUUUGGUCAAGGUUGCACCAGACUAGGAUCCUCCCAUGGGGAAAGAGGUGGAUCACGUACUCAAGGCUGGAUCGGAGGCCAAGCCGGAAGUAUGAAUAGCGGUAAUAACGGGGGCCCUGCACCAGGAGCAGUUGGUGGGUUUGGAGGCGGGGGAGGUGGUUCAGAAGAUAACGGGGCAUCAGGGGGAGGUGGUGGGUACUCUGGGGGAGGUAGUGGUACUCAUGCGAAACAAGCCGGAGGUGGAGGAGGCUCGUACUGUAGUGGAAAAGAUUGUUCCGGUUUGACUGGUGGGAACUCGAACGACGAUGGAGUUGUGCAAAUUUUGGAAUUGAUGAGCUGA